AUGACGUUAAACCAACUCAAGUCAUGGCCAUCCAAAUACCCUACAAGCGCGCUGGAGGACACCGCUCCCGUGAGGCUUUGCGCAAACUCGCCGACAACGGCCUCCGCUUCGCCGGCGACUGCACCGGCAACCAGCAAAACGCCCAUGAGUGUGUUGUACUCGGUGCUGCUGCGCGCUAGUGUGUCACGCAGUGCUGUAGCCAAGAACCCGGCUGAGCGUUCACCUCACCCACACACCGUUUAUGGCAUCGAUAGCACGGUGCGGGAGGCAGUCCGCGCCGAGGUGGAGAGGCUGUUUCCGUAUCGCGGCGCUUUUGCCGAGUCCCGUGGCGGAGCGGAUGUGGACAAGGCGACACCGGCGCAGCGCUUUUUCGGGUCCGCUUCUACGGUCGAGGAAGGAGAGCGGAGUGGGUGCCUGAGCGCUUGCGUAGCGCGUGUGAACGUGUACCGCCACAUUUCUGAACCCGAUACCCACAACCCACGCGCACCUGAGCCUUCGACGACCACUGCAGUGGCUGCCACCGACACACCCUCAUCAUCGGCAGCGAGGGAAACCUCGACGUCUGUGUUGCAAAAACUCUCCGGUGGACCAAGAGUGAUUAUCAAGAGCCUGCAGCGCAAGAAAACGCUUGCUGUCAUGGGGGCAACUCGUGUACCUGCCCCCUCAAAGCCGGAGUCCGCUGAAGCACCGAAGAAGCUUUUCGCCCCCUUGCUUGCGGAGAACAGCAUCGGCGUUGGUGGUGUCAUCAGAGACCAUAAGGCGAGCUCAUGCACAUCACCAAGCGCCAUCGCGGAUACUUCCCACUGCUUCACUGUGGUAUCGGCGACGGAGCUGCCGGACAUGCAGAGGCACCUUGAACGGCUCUUCGACGACUUUGCUGUCGCGGUGGAGCAGUGCCGCGCUGCGUUGGACCAGCAGCAGCUACGAAGCAGCUCGCCAGCUGCGUGGCAGACAACGAGGGGGACGAGAGGCGUCGCUUCCGAGGAGCCGUCCGAGUCUUUGUUGGGCGAAGAGGCUUCCGCUUCCCAGCAUCCGCAACUACCUCACUGCACUAACUCCAACCACCGCCCCGGCAACCCAACCCUUCUAUCCACUGACGUCUUGCCCCGCCACAACAGCCACCACCCCAUAUCUGACCUCCUUUCUUCCGAAUGCAUUCCAGAUGAAUGGAGACACGACUAUGACACCGGGACCACAACAAACGGCAGCCGCUGCACGCCUUCUGCGCGAAGUGCCAGCGGCGAAUCACUACGAAUGGCGGAUGGGUCUGCUCCAGAGACAAAACCGUCUCUGGAAGCAGAGGACUUUUCCACCGGCAUCUUUAUGAUUGCCCACACAAUCGCAGAGCACCUGCACGCUAUUCUGCACCCCACCACAACGUUAGCCGCUCUAGAGGAGGAGGCGGUGGCGGCGCUUCGUGGCCAGGGCCAUGACCACAGCAGCGGUGGCGGUGGUCCGACUGCCCUAAACGCUGUGCCGACGGCACGUCGACGGAUUCACACCGGCGCAGAGGGAGAGGACAGCAAACUGACGAACCCGGCGUCUUUUUCCUCCCUGUCUCCUUUACCAGCUUUGCGUUCCAACGGUCUUCAGUCACCGUCAGGAGGCAGCUCGGCAUCCCUCGAACUGCGGGCGCUUCGUCAGCUGGUGCACAGUCUUUUUUGGUCCCGUAUCACAGCGUUUCUGAGCAGCGUCUCUCUCAAGGCACCCGGCAAAGACUGCCCGAUGUGGCUGUCAACGGCCGCCGUGGAGCAGCGCGAGGCGUGUGCGUACGUGCAACUGCCGUUCUGGAUUUGGCUGUACGCUGCGUGCGGGCUGGCAACCGACGUGAUCCGCGCGCAGCAAGAGGCGCAGAGGGCGUUUCCGAUUCCGGGGCAAGUCACGGAACCUCGCAAGACACUGACAUCGUCGUCUGCGACAGCGAGCGCACCACCGCCACCGUCACUGUCACAGCUCUUGCCAACGGUCGAGACGUUGGCGCGUCAGCUACAGCGGCGGCAGUAUGAGCGCGUCGAGUCCACUGCUGGGACUUUGCUCACGGCCAACACGUUUCUCUCUUUUACUGGUGUGCGGAUGACAGACAAGGCUGUGAUGAAGCGCUUGUUCCCUCUGCAGAGCGGUGCGGCUGCCAGCGAUGCCCUGGGGUUUGCCAUACUGUCGCCCCACUCAGCGCAAUGCAUCACUCACGAGGCAAGCGUGGUGACGGAAUCUUCGUCCGAGAGUCUAACGACAGGCGCCUUCGACUCUGCUGCUGUCCCCACCCUCAUCAACAACACAUCGUCGGGCAGGCCGAUUUCGGCGGAGCAUACCGUGUCGGUGUUGGGUGGCGCAGGGUCUAACGUAAUACACCGAAGCAGCAGUAGCGAUGGAGGUGCACCAGUGAGUUCGUCACGCCAAGGUCAGGUGGCCAUCAGCGUUGCUCUUGGCGACACCGGCAACACGGCCGCGUAUGUGGCUGAGGAGGAGGCACCGCAAGUGUACAGCGGCAGCUAUUCUGGCCCGUCAACCGUGGAGCUGUACUUGCAGUGGCUGGAGAGCGCUGAUGCGGCGCGUUUAGCAGCAUGCUCGUCACAGAGUGAAGCGGAACGUUUCCCCGAUCGUGUUGACGCGGAAGCUGAUGCAGCUGGCGAGGUCGCUGCCCCCUCGCCCACCUCGCGGCCGUAUCGGCCAGACACCAUCGGCUGCAUGCAACCCCAUGUAUUGUCGUAUGCAGAGGACGGUCAAGUCAGCAAUGGCGAUGGGGACAUUGCGAAAGGGAACAGCAGUAGUAGGGAAGACAGGAACAGCAGCGACAGCUCGUUCAGCUACACUACGGUGCAGCGGCCGAGCGAGCCCUUCCGGGUGGCAGCUGUGAUGCCGGCGGCCGGGCUGGCCCCGUGCCUGGGGCGAGUCGAAAAGGAGCUGCACCAAGCUCGCUCUGCCGUACAGUUUGCUCGCAAGCUGGGCACCCUGUACGCAACGCAGGACAUGAACACACUGCUGCAGCUGCUCCCCGCUGUGGCCUAUGAGGAGCCCGUGUCACCCAACGUGAAUCUCGUCUCUACACGCGCGGACGGCGGGGCUGUGGAGAGCUUUGGAGGCGCGUUCUCCCCUCGCAGCGGCACGGACAGUACCGGGGCCCCUGCGGCGCCGGCAACACCUGCCGAAGGUGUGCAUUCACAGUACGCGUGGACAGGCACCCCGACGACUAGCAGUCCGAUGACAGGCAGCGUGCCUCCCCUCGUGACGCCGCCUCAGGUUGCAGCGGAUCGGAUGCCGGGCAACCACGCCCUCUUCUUUCACCGUGUCAAAGCCAGUGCGACACCUCCGGCGCUGUUUCCCUCUGUCACAUCGCUAUCCUUGGAGAAAAGGUUGCUAAUGGAGCGCCUCGACUCGUGCGCGGCUGCCAUUGUCUCCAGCAGUUACCAGCUCUUUGUGGACAGCGCUCGUGCCCUUGAGGUGUCCUUCUCACUUGCAGUGGUGUUGCUUUCUCAUGUGAUGGGUGAGGCGGUGCCGAAGGGAGAGGCUGCCUCGGCGGGGCAGGCGGCUGCGGUCGCCAGCGGCAGCGACAACAGCCCAUCAGCCAUAUCGGCGAAGACCGGGGCGGCGACAACCACCAUGGUCGUGCUGAAACGACUCCCUGCGAAGGUUGCUGCUGCCGCGCUCUCUGACAAGUCCAAAGGGAGGGCGACCGCGAAGACAGCGGCGGCGUCCCCACCACCUCGACCCCUAUCUAUGGACCUCGCCAAGGUGUUUGGCUUCGGCCGAAGCCAUUUGCGGUGGCAGAACCUCUCGGCCUAUGUCCGUGAAACCUUGAUCAGCGUCGCCCUGCGCGCGCUCCAGAGAAAGGAUGUUGCUAUGACGCAGGAGCUGUUGCAGUGCAUCACCCUUGACAUGGCGAUUGCGCAUCACUAUGAUCAAGUGCGCCGACACCAUCCUGUGCUCAAGCCAGCGCGGGCCAAAGGUGUGGGGGAUACAAGGAAAGUUUCCGGCUCGACUCUGAAGAAGGGCCGUUGCGCUUUCAAGGCCGGGGGGCGUAAAGUCACUCAUCUCUCGGCGCCUCCGCAUGAGAGCUCGGCCAGCUUCGUGAACGUGUGGUUCAGCAGCUUUGCCCAUCUUGCGGACACCACCACGCACCUGCUUCACGGCGAUCACAACGCCCCGAGCUCCCUGAAGGGGACAGUGUGGCAUCUGGCGGCACUGGCGCACUACUUUCUGCUGACGCGUGCUCGCGGCUAUGAUAUGUACGGCGGCCAAAGUCAUCUUUGCUCAACAACGCUGUGUGGCCACGGCAGCGGUAAUUCUGCAGGCGUCGGCGUGAGGACUUCGUCGGCUACCUCGAGCGCCGCUCUGCAGAGCUUCAUCACCUCACAGCUGGUCGAACCUGCGGGGAAGGUGCUCGGUGUCGUCGUAUCAUUCAUGGAGAGCGUCUGCCAAGCGUUGUCGGCUGAAAUUGAGAGCGGCGGCGCGGCAGAGCGUCAGUUUCGCGAGGGUGUGAUGUUUGUCGAUAACUCGAGUGACGACGAAAGCCUCUUCAUGUGCCGCGCUGCGGACGACUCUGUCCGCUCGGGAAGUGCGGGCGAGUCUACGAGCCUCUACAGCGACGGCGGCGACGGUGGUUACGAUAUGGCCGCCAACCGCUUGGAGACGUCUGGGUUGCAGACGUGCUGGAUGGAGCUGGCCAUUCACUACUUCUUAGAGAUCGUCGACGUCCUCCUUGACGCUGCGCUGCAUCUUCCAGAGAAGCCGCUCUACCUGUACCAGCUGACAGUGAGCGCCUGUAACCCGGGGUCCCCGUCGAUCGACUUCGCAGACACCUUGUCCGCGGCUGUCUUGGCUGGAGGCGCUGGGUCGCCGCUUCUCUGGGGCCUCGGCGAUCUGUCUAGCUCGGUGGCUGCCACUGCACCGCAGGUCGCGGCGGACUCGCCGCUGGACCGCGUGCAGGAGUUUCUCAGCAUGUACACGUCGAUGGUACUGCAGUCCGCCGUGACCCAUUUUACCGUAGAGAGUAGACAUGCUCACUCUCAAGUCGCCACAGCUCGUGAAACGCCAUUGAACACAACAUCAGUGGCAGACGAGACGUCGGAGGAUGAUUGGCUGCGCACCUUUUGGGAACGAAUGUUGACGUCGGUGGCUGCACCUGCGAACCCCUCCGCGCUUGACGAAGUGAAAUUUACCGCACGGCAACCGCUACCCUCGGCCUCGACUCCUACCAGCUCGCCAGCAGCUAAUCCCGCGGUGAGCCUAGAGGCGCCCGCCAGCAGAUCGUACACGCGGAGAACCAUGUGGUGGCCAGAUGUGCGAUUUCAUCGCUACUCUCACCUUAUCCGCAUUGUCGAGCACGCGCAGCUAGUGAGCUUGUACCUGAACUCGUGUGCGGGCAACGCUCCUGCACAAACGGCGCCGCUUACAUCUUAUCUGGAGGUCUCUCGUGCACCUCGUGACAGGGCGCCCUUGCUUCAGGUGAGCGCCGUCACCUCCCUCCUCAACAUAUCCACUGGCCCAUGCGCGCAGCUGUUGUCCAUUCCCUACGCUUGUCCACCUUCGGCUGUUGACACCAGGAGCAGCAGCCUUGUUUCUGGAAGUGCCCGCACAACGUCGUAUGAGCGUUGCUAUUUCCACUGCACCGGCUCGCCAGCUGAUCAGUCACCACCCCGCUUUCUUGCCGGCGCUCAUCGGCGCGUGCCGGCGGACCGCGCCAUGCGCGAAGUGUGCGGUGGGCUGUGGAUCCGGGUAGAGCUGCUGCGCCUUCUGCGCCUCGCAGCUGCACCGCUGGACGCGGACACCUUCAUGAGCUUCACUAAAACAGCGACCAAAGUCGCGACUCAGGUGCGGGAUAGGGCAAUGCAGUCUCACUACACGGCUAUUGCUUCAAUGAAGGCUGGUGUCGAGUCGGUACUGCCCAAAACGUACGCGUCCACAUACGUGCGGCUGCUUUUCCUGCGAUACGUGCAAGCUUUCUACGCGGAUGUGCACGCGCUGAGUGUAAGCAGAGCUGCGACGGCGCCAGAUCACACGACGAGCGAGCGCGUGGACGGCACGAGUAACGCGACACCGCUCACCAGAAGCAUUGACCAGCGCACGGCCUUGGCAACUCACGCGGACCUCAGCACCCACGGUGAUGUCACGCCGUAUCGCACACUUGGGUCACCGCAAACGCGCUCUCCGGUGAGCAAGCUCCAGCACCUGAGGCAGCGUCUGUGGACGCACUACUGCCAUGAGCUGCUGUGGGCGUUACGCGAACUCUGCUGCAGCUGCGCUGAGGCUCACGAGACGGCAGCCAACCUGUCUGUGGCCUCCGUGUUUGGGCGGCUGCUACAGAUGAUCAGUGGGCGAGGGGAACUCGAGGGCGAUGAGGUCAUCGACGACUAUGACGACGAGCCGGAGGACAAGUUUCCGGAUGAACCACAUCUGGACUUGAAGGACGUGGGGGUGUCUGUCAUUGCAUCGGACCGCGCGCUAGAGCCCUACUCCACCGCGGAGGGCGUCAGGAUGGAGGGCUUCGUUGACUUUGAGGUGUCUUCGCUCGACAGCUCCGUGACGGUAGUGCCAGGGAUGAGCGAGGGCCGCAGGCGGCCACCGGGGCAGCCGCCGAACUCGGGGUCCUCCGACGACUUUGAGAGUCGACUAGAGCCGUCCUGGAGCGCUCGGCGGUCUCCUGUCUCGAAGGUAUCCGUGGAGGCAGAGCAGCAAGUGAUGAUAGGCAUAUCGGACCAGACCCCGGUCUGCGACUUCAAGGAGCGGCGGCGGCUAGGAUCGAACGACCACUCCAUCUCUGGAGGCACCCAGGCAAUGGUGAGGGGCAAGACGCCGCUUGCCACCUCAAGCACUCCAGUGUCGACCUCGCCUCGAUCCCCCGUCACAGCCCCUCCUGUGGUGCAGAGGCUGUCUUUAACUGGGCUGAAGCCGCCUCUGUAUUUCACCAGCUCAGGUGACACGGCUGCAGCGCAGGAGAACGACUUCUACAAGGAGCAGUCUGAGCAGCGGCAAAUGGCGAAGGAACCGAUGGAACACUUCCUCAGCACCACAGGUAUGUCUGUGGUAGACACAGCCUCGCACCUAUCGCAAGACGACGAUGGCGAGUGCGACGUGAAGUACGAAGCCAGGCCUGAUGCGCUAGAGAGCACGUCCGAGCACACGCUGCUUAAGUCGACUUCACACGAACCUCGUGAGAGUUACUCCACAGCGAACGCGAGCGCCGAUUCUGCAACCCGCGGCGACGCGCCGAAGCCGCCCGCGUUGACAAUACCGAAGCUGUUUCUCGGGGCUCUCAGCCCGCCGCUGUACUUCACUUCCACCGGUGACACCGCCGUUUUUGCGGAGAGGCCGAUGAGCCCGUCUCUUGCGCGUCCGCCAGCCCAGGUGUUUUCGGCGCUGAACUGGCCGACAGCGGCGGCACCGGCGGUGGUGAGUGCGGCGCAUGUCGAUCCAGCUGUUAGGGGUGCGCCACUGAAAGGCGCGGCUGAGGCGGCGAACGCGCCGACUCUCACGCCACCACCUGCACCUGUGCUGCCCACGUCCAGUUCAACCACUGUCAAUGGGUUUGUCCUUCCUAAGCUGUCGUUCGGCUCUCUAGGCCCGCCUAUGUACUUCACCUCCACCGGCGACACUGGCAGCUUCGUCGAGGCGCAGAACCAGAAGCCCCAUGCUGUGGCCGGCGCGGCCAAAAGUGCACAGAUCCUUUCCGACACGACACGCCUGCAAUCUGGAUUGACGGCGCAGGGCACGGCAUCUGGUGGAGCGGCCAACACCGCCACGGCUACUGCAGAGGCCAUCACCGCUUCGAGUUGUCCGACUGCUGCGACGGCCACCGCUCACUUCCACGGCAGCCACUCCUCAGAUGAAUCAUCCUUACACCCUGUCUUCAGUUUUGCCGACUUUGCACCAACGGGUGGAAAGGUGAGCCGCAGUGGAAAUGCUAGCGAUGAGGGGGGCAGCUAUGCCGGUUGCGUGGACGAACAGUACUCGGAGCGGCGCGCGGCGCGGCGACGGCGCGACAGCGGGCUGUCGCUGAACUCCUUGACCGCGCCCGAGGGUGGUCCGUUCUCAAUGCUUACCGGUCAGCGGCACUGCAAGCGAGUGCCUCGCACGUCUCGCCCAGUCCUAACACCGAUAGUGGCACCGGCGGUGACGGUGGAACUAAUCUUGUGCAUCUGCUCUAUCAUUAUCCAGCAGGACAGCGGUAUGAUUCAGUACGCUUACACCGUGUCCUCACUCACGCAGAAGCGUGUGCUGCCGGGCAAGUCGUCGUCCUCGCAGCGGCGCUGGCACGCUGGCAGCGGCGGGGCCGCUGGAGCCUCAGGCUCGGCUUUCACGCAGAGGUCAGAUGCGGCGCAGACGGAUCGGUGGCGGUACACACCUCAACACAGCCCUUCUUCUUUUCAUGUUAUUCAGGCAAUGCACAACUAUCUCAAGGACAGCCGCAACAGCCUUGUUAUUGAUCUGCUGGAGGAGUGGGUGCUUGACGAAUACGCUGCGAUGGAGCGGGUAAGAAUGGAGCAGUUCGAGUCCGCGUACCCGUCGUUGAGGCAACAAGAGUGCUCUUCGCAACCGCCUCACCCCUCGUGCUCCCACAGCGAAAGCGGCGGCAACACCGGGAACGGCGUGCACCAUCACUCUCUUCAUCAGCCCCAGGCAGGCGGCACUGGCGGCGGCCGUAGCGGCAAACCGAGUGCCGCAGUGCUCGCCGGUCGUUAUGUGCUCCUCCGCUUGCUCCUUCCGCGUGCCAUCACACCUCUGAUCACUCAGCAAAAUGAGCGGCGCAUUGGUGCCGGCGGCUACGGCACCGUCACGUCCGGCUUCGUGCAGAAGCCCGGCACCGGCGGCGACACGCGACUGCCUCCUGGGUGGGGCCAGCGCGGGUCUCGCUGGCGGCCAGCAACGACACGCGGAAGCACAGCAGCUAGCGGUUCUGGCGCUGGUGGUGGUGGCACCACGCCUCAAAGUUUCCACAUGGGUCGGUCGGUCGCGCCAACCGCGGAGAGGAUCGCGCCUGGUGUCUUGGAUGGCUUGCGUGUGCCAUGGCGCACAGCGGUGCAGCGGAUCGCACAGGCAGUCUGCAAGUGCGAGGUGGCGAUAAAGCACAUCCCCCUCAACGUUCAGGGAAGCGAGAGCGGAAACCUACCCCUCUGUCACGCGGAGGUGCUCUCUAUGUACCGUCUGCGCGGUCACCAGCACAUCAUCCCGCUCCUCUCCUUCGACAACACCAAGGACGAGUACAUCCUUGUCCUGCCGCACUACACCCAAGGAUCGCUGCGGUUGUGGCGACAGAAGCACUAUUCACUGGGGUGCGCCGUGCUCACGCUUCCACCGGGGAUAAGGGACUCGUGCAAGAGCGGGCCAAUGCCGACAGCGGCGCCCGUGAUGACUUCCAGUACACCGACGCCAGCCGCUGCGCCAAGCACCUCGCUCUUCGCGACGUGUGCGCGCUGUCUCCUUCAGGUGCUCAAGGGAGUCGCCUUCAUGCACGACCACCACAUCCGCCACGGUGACAUCAAGUGUGACAACGUCCUCAUCACCGCUACCGACGCCAGCGCUGAGCGGGGGGAAAUGGAUCCGCCGAUGCUGCCGUCCUCUGUGUGUUUGUGCGACUUCGGCUCCUGCGACACGUGCGACGACGAUGAUAUUCAAAGCCUGAAGCACGACAUCAUGGCAGGCGAGGCUCGCUUCUUGGCUGGUCGGUGGGGCGUCGGCAGGGGAACAGAGGCGAUUCAGCCGCCCGAGCUCAUGUCGGCGAAGCGGCGCUACGCACUGUUCCGCCGCAUAGUGACAGCCCUCGCACCAGCCGCGGCAGCGACCCCAGCCACCUCCUCGCUCUUCACCCUCUCCGAGAGGGCGGAACGUGGUUCCCGCGCUUCGAGCUUUGCCGGCGCAUCAGCCGAAGACCUCCCGCUCCGAAGCCGUGGUGGGGAGCUGAUAGAGUCGACGGGGCCCCAAAUAAUGGAGCUGCUGCGGCGGGCGGAGCUCUCAGUGGACAUCUGGGCCUGUGGCUGCUUGCUCUAUGAGAUGCUCACGGGCCGCAUGCUUUUUGGGGAGGCCCGGCUGGGUCGGCUGCUGGUUCUCGCCGCUGUCGACGAUGGCGAGGACCAGGACCCCGAAACGGCGGCUUCAAAGACAAGCGCGGCAGCUGGCCCUCUGCCAGGUGAGUCUCGGUCUCUGCAGAAGGCCACGGUGCCGACCACACCCAGCGUUGGUGCCGAUGCCGGCUCUAUUUUCACGCCGUCGGUUUCUCAGAAGGCCCUUGAUGACCGGGAGCGGCGCGAUCUCGAAGCGGCUGUGGGGAAGCGCGUGGUGGACUUUAUGUCGACCCUGCUGGACCUCGACCCUCUGCAGCGGCCAAGCGCACACGAGGCGCUACAGUACUGGAAGACGAUAAUGGUGGAGGCAGGGCUAGAAAUUUGA